AUGUUUGGAGCAGGGCACAAUGAAUCCAAUGAGUCCCCGGAUAUUCAGAAGGAGUGGCAUCAGGGACAGAAGGCAGUUCAGCUGCUGGAUUUGCCGAUUGAUGUCUUGGAUAGGGUGAUGUCCCACUUGGACCCUUGGCACCACAAAAUGUGGCGUAGUGUAUCAGAGGAGCUGAAACAAGUGCACAAUUCGUUUAUCUUGCACCACCACAAGUGCUAUGAGGUGGCCCAUCGGGAAAUGCCAAUGGAGAGUAUCAGGGUGCGCGAUACAAGGAUCAUGCUGCAGAUCCUUCGGCAAUCUGUCGGUUACUUUGUCCACGAGGGUGUCGCCGAGUCGCACAUCGUUGACAGUCUGAUGACCUUCCACGAAGAGCUACCCUUAAGUUACAACGACGAAGGUAUCCCGAAGGCUGACCCCCUGACAAGAUUCCUUGGUCGAUUCCUGCUUGACCUGGAGUUAAGUACAGAUGACAAGAGAGAAGUUCAGGACAGACGCCUCCACUAUACGAUGGCGGUUUUUGGCCUUUUGAAGUGGUGCGGCAUGAAGCUAUUGCACUGGCAUCUGCAGGUGGAGUUGGCCAACAUCUGCUUCGGAGGCAUUGACGAGCGCGAAGAUAAAUCACGCUUUAUUGAGAACGUCAAACGAAUCUACUUCAUAAACAUUAUUGCCGAGCUGCUCUUUUAUGAUAAGAUGAACAAAAACUUUUGGGGACACAAGAAUACAGAUAAUUUUAUAUGCACCUAUGGAAUCGGGCCCUCGUCAUCUGACAAUUCGCGACUUUUGCUAAAAUUCGUAGUGUAUGCUCCGAAGAGUGUAGUCGAUCUGCUGCAGGAUGUCAUUGCCGGAAAGGACGAUCCCAGCAAACCUUUCCAAAUGCCACCAGAGUCGGACUUUAGUGCUCACGUCGAAAUCAAAUCUGUGUGUGCCCGCAAAUUCAUGUAUUCUGGCACCUUGCAUCUCAACAUUUUGAGGUUGGCUGAGCUGGUCUAG